CGCAUGCGCAGUACUCCCCGAUGCUAACUACGUCCUCGUUCAAAGUUUGCGGAUAACUGCGCUUCAAUGAGAAACCAAACCAAGCCCAAGCUUUUCUGAUGAGGUGGUUUGGCUUUGGCUUCAAUGCAUUUGGACAGAUAUAUGUCCACGUCAAAGCACCCAAAGGAGAAAGUAGCGACGCUGUGAAGGACGUAACAGUGAGUAGCCCGACAGAGCUAACCUUAAGCAGGGACUGCUGCUGGAAAUCUGUACAAGUUAAAGCAAGCUGGAGUCGAAGAGCAUCUUCUCUUCUGGAUGGGGACAGCCAUGUGUGCCUGGCAGGUUUCUGUGCAGUCCAAUCCAAUGAGUCUUAUGUGAAACACAGCAGUGGCUGUACAGAUGCCUUCAUCAGUGAAUCUUACCUGACCCUGGUUUUCCCGGACAGAGUCGAGUCCUGGGAUCUGCAGAAAGAAGUGGACUCUCCGGCAUGGAGCAUGGAAAUAAAAACACAACCGGACACCAGAGGACCCCCUUUGAGUCUCCCAUUGGUCCCUGGGGGCUACAUAGCCAUGAAGCCACCUUUCUAUCGCUCCUUAUCACCACAUCUGAAAGCUAAGAGUCUGUCACUGAGUGCAGAGCAUGCCAUCCUCCUCACUGCCUCUGGAGCUGUGUACACAUGGGGACUUGGCAGCCAUGGUCAGCUGGGGCAUGGAGGCCUCACCUCUGAAGAGGAGCCCAGGGCAGUUGAAGCACUCUGGGGGAUGCCCAUGAGCUGUGUCGCUGCAGGAGCUUGGCACUCUGUGUGCAUCAGUGAUGGAGGGGACCUUUAUGUAUGGGGCUGGAAUGAAAGUGGCCAGCUUGGACUUCCAUCACGAGGUCUAAGAAAAGCUCUGCAGCAGCAAACAGGCCAACAAGCAGGAUCAGGAGCACCAUGCCAGCAUGCCACCACACCUCCUGCCAAAGAGCCACAAGAGGGAGAGCAACAUGAAGAGGUAUUUAUAUCUAUCCAGGCGUUCCCGGCUCUGCUGGAUGUCACUCCAUCGUGUGAAAUCAGGACAGUCAGCUGUGGCUGCCGACACACAGCUGCUGUAACGACCGAAGGUGACCUCUACACAUGGGGCUGGGGUGACUACGGCCAACUUGGACACCAGAGUUUAUUCAGUUUGGAUGAGCCCCGGCGUGUGGAGUUCUUCAGGGAGCAGCAGAUGUGUGUGGUUGAUGUUGUGUGUGGAGCGUGGAACACUUUUGCUGCUGUGGUCGAGGCGGAAGAAAAAGCUUGUACUUCAAAUUAAAAUGGGAUUCCCUUGAUCAGUCGCCCACUGAACUUUUGACAGAGUACCAGGAAGUGUAUUAAGUACAAAAAAAAUACAAUGCUUUGAGUCAAAUGUAUUUUGUACAUAGAAUAUCCCUUCUGUCUGUUGAAACAAAGAACUUUUAUAAUAAAAUGUUUUUGGAAA